UGUUAUAAGAUUAUUAAUGAUAUAGACUACAUAGGAGCACAUGUGCCUGCAUCUAGGACAAGCCACAAGCACAUGAGAAACCAGAUCUGGUCUUUGACAUCAUAUCUCGGUGCUCCAAGUUGGUUUAUUACAUACGCUCCUGCAGAUAUCAAGCAUCCAAUUGCCAUCUACCUAGACACUAAUGAAAGAAUCUUUCCCGCCAAGCUAUCAGAGAAUGAACGCUCUAGGCUUGUAGCAAAUAAUCCUGUAGCUGGAGCUCGAUUUUUCAAGGUCACGACUGAAGCUUUCAUCAAACAUGUAAGCACGCUUGGUUAUAACAGUAAGCAUGCAGGAUUGUAUGGCAAGACAGCUAAAUAUUAUGGAACUGUUGAACAG